AUGAGUAAUUUACCUAACUGGACCAAUGGCAUAGAAGGUGAGAGAGACCAAGGGGAUAUGAAGAACACUAACAGGGAUAUACCAAUCGGAGACCCCACAUAUGAAUGUAGAAUGAAGGGAGUGAAGAAAUUGGGAUGUUACAAUGAGGUUACUAAUCUGGGGGAACCGGCCAGUUUAUAUAUGGAAACCAAUGCACGUGGAUCCAUGGGAGGAUCUACCCACCUGAAUGUUAGCCUAGGCAGCGGAGGAGAAAUGUGUGAACAAAUAAGUGCAAACAAUGACAUUCGCCAUGAGAGGCAGGAUUUGUGUGCCAAUACUUUGGUGAACUCGGCGUUGAGUGUGAUGAAAAGCCCUCGCCAAAAUGUUGCGCGGAAUCAGGAUAAACCAGGUAUCCCAGGGGAAGGAAAUAAUAAAGCAAGUGACUACCAGAAUGGACAUAUGAAUGCCCACCCGGUUAACCAGGGCGAAGCCAUACCCAUCGUGGAAGGCGAAGAAUCCAUCCAAGUGAACAAAAAUAAUUUGCAUGCCGGACAGAAGGAAGAAUUGGGGAUUCAAAGGAGCAAUAAUCUCCCGACAGAAGAGGAACAACGGGAUGGACGUGCCAAAUGGAGCCUCCAAGAAGAACAUAACAAUAUAAGAAAGGAAAUAAUUCAACCCGCGCAAGGAGAAAGUGACGAUUCAAAAAGGAGUCAUUCGAGCGAUGCCAAUAAUUAUACAUUUCUUGGACAAAGUGAAAGGGAAGAAGUAGUGAUGGAAUGUAUGACGAAUAUACCUAUCCAAGGUGAAACAUUUCCAGUAGAGGAUUCGCGUGGUGAUUACCGCGAUGCUGAUAACGCAAAUUCACCGCCUCCUCAGAGGAAAACAAAUGCAUUGAUCAAUGCGGGUAAUCAGUACGAACCUGCCCAGGUAAAUGCAUUCAACAAUGACAUCAAGGAAGCACACGGAAAAAGCGAGGAAUUGAAACACUCUUCUAAAAAUAACUCGAAUGAUGGAAUCGCCAACAAAUUAACAAGCACAUCACAAGAGGAAGGAAAAAAAAGAGAGAGGAAUUUCAACAUGCAAAAGAAGGAAAAUGGAAAAUAUAAAAAUGAUGAUGAGGUUAUAGAGAAGGAAAAUGGAAAAUAUAAAAAUGAUGAUGAGGUUAUAGAGAAGGAAAAUGGGCCAAAAGUUUGCGCCCACUCUGAUGAGGCAAUAAAUUGUGCUAGUCUAGGUACAGAUGUCAGUAGAAGUAGUAACAGCAUAGGAAACUGCGAAAGAGCUGCAAACAAAAUUCAAAUGGAUAGUCAAAUAUGGAUGGAGCGUGAAAUAACACAAAAUGAAUAUAAAAAAAAAAGAGACUUUACAGAGGUAGGUGAUGAUUCCAAUUUAAGUAACGCCAAAAAGAAAAUUAAUUUUUUUGGCCCCGUUAAUAAUAUCUUAAAAUGUGACCACCAGAGGGAUGGAAACUGUGGUACUGUCGAAUUUGAGGGAACCCAAAUGAGUAUUUCCCCGCGCGAUGCACUAGGGUUUAAUGCGGCAAAGGCCGAUAUGGAAGGAGCCUACAAGCCAAAUAUAAAUGCAUGUGCAUUCAUGCCGACUAGCGAAUUCAUAGCUGCGCACGGAACGGAAAGUGUGCCCCGUGAGGUAGCUACUGGAGAAAGGGAAAGACCAAGCGAUCCUUUACAGUCAUGCGACAUUGCCCUUCCACAAAACGGGACUGUGCAUGCAAACGGCGCACCAAAAGCAUGUUCUACUAUUAAUGCACCCGAAAAUGUAUGUGAGAAAAUGCAGGGCGUCGCAAGACUAGGAAAGCCUAACAUAGUGCCAACAUCGGUGUACUCCAAAAUGGGCGCUAUUCCCACAGGAACGCAUGCAGAAAGUGGAAUCUCCCUACAGAAUAAUAUCGCCUUUGCGCAUGCACCCUUGAGAAAAUUUCCAUGGACACAUUUUGAUGUGCAUGACGCUGAAGGGGAAUUUCCGAAGGGAGGAGAAAAGAGAAAAGAUGGAGAAGAUGAAAAAAACAUAAGUAGAAGAGCAAAUGAAAAAAAAUUAAACAGUCAUAUAAUUGCAAACAACCUUGAAAUCGAAAAUAAAACAGAGCCCACAAUAGGUGUAGAACACGAAAUACCUGUGGAACACAAAAUACCUGUAGAACGCGAAAUAACUAUAAAGUGUGAUAAAAAAACGGAAAACCUUAAGAGCGAAAACAAUUCCAACUGUGUAAAAAACCAGAAAAGCGAAAAAAUCGCGUCCAGUGAAAAAAAUUCCAAAGGCCAAAAAGGCACACCACGAGCGCAAACUGUGCAAACCAUGCAAACUGUGCAAACCAUGCAAACUGUGCAAACCAUGCAAACUGUGCAAACCAUGCAAUCAGUACAAACCAUGCAAUCAGUACAAACCAUGCAAUCAGUACAAACCGCGCAAACCGCGCAAACCACGCAAAUCGCGCUUCACACACCGAUGGAGGAAAUCGCGGAUGCGCCUAACUCCGGCGGUAGUUCUCCCCCAGUUGGAAGCAGGAUGAGCUUGAACGGGGUGUCGCUCGGAAACCUGAACAAGGAUCAGGAGAAUGAGCAGAUGCAGAGGCAAAACUCAAAUCAGUUCCCGUCGCAAGACGAAGAGAAGUACCCGUCCGACAAUCAACCUUCUUCCAUGGACCAAGGGACAAACUCCUUUUCGACAGACCAUCGCAGCAGUGUCGAACCGGUAGGAGAAGAAAACUUGCAGAAGGAUUUCUCUGUGGAAAAUCUAAAAAACGGUGCUACCAUAAGCGAGCACGUAGACAUGUGUACAUUAGGUUCAGAUUCACAAGGAGAGGAGCUGAAAGGGCACCUGUCCUAUGGCACAAAUGGAAUCGUCGAUGAUGGUUUCGCAAGGGAGACUCAUGAGGCAAGUCUCAAAACAGUGGAUGCGGCAAAUGCCCAUCACAUUGGGAAUGAUUUAGACACUGUAAACAACGGAAUUAGCCUACCUACUGGAAGCGAUGUAAAGUGCCUGAGCGACCAGGAUGCGGCUAUCUUUCCAAAUGGCGAUCAGCUGGAGAAUUAUUUGAAUGACCAAAUGAGGACGGACAAUGCGGUGCACAGAAAACUUCCAAUGCACACCAUCCCAAAGGAAACAAUUAAAAAAAAAACAAGUGAAGACACCACCAUCCAGGACAAUGAGAACGAUAACAUGGAAUAUAGGAACAACGAAAUGCUGAUGAGGAAAAUUAGUCAAGAUACGAUCGUUAAUGAUAUUAUGGAAGACAAUAAUAUAUCCAUGGAAAGGAACAAAGAAAUGAUUUUAAAAAAAAUUACCGAAGAGAUAGCCAUCAGCUCUAUACACAAUCCAAAGGUUGGUCAGGUGAAUAAUGAUCGCUUGGUGAAAAACGUAAAUGAGGAGAACACUGCCAUCAAUUGUAUGCAAAGUGACAAUGUAGGAAGUGUGGAUAAAGACAUUAUCCUCCACAAGCUGAAUGAGCACCAAGCCGUGGGAAAAUUGCUUGGCGUGGUGAAUAGUAUUGACGACACGGAAGGCGUGCCCCACAUGAACGGAAGAAGCGACAUACAUCACACGGAAGACUCGAACGAAGAAACCACGCGCGACGACCUGUACCACCAGCAACAACACGCCCUGUACAACCACAACCCCCAGACUGAGAUGAAUGAUCCAAAUUUUAAAGAAGAAAUGAACGCACAAAGUAUAAUGGGUUUCCAGGAUCAUCAAAAUCUAAUUAGCUGCACACAUAACGAAGGGUUCGGAAAUAAUCAGUGCGAGGUAAGGGGCGCAUAUAACAACAACCUAAACAACCACACUAUGGAGAACAACACGAAAGAAGUGGACAGUUGCAGUAACGUAGACUUCACAGAUGACAAGUACAGCCAAUGGUUCGACACUAUCUACACAGUGUGUGUAAAAUUAGACGACCUCUGUUGUAAGUUGAAUUCGGAAUAUCCCCAUUCCAUGAACAUAUGGGAGAGUAACGGCAACCCCAGUGUAUACGAUUUGAAAAGUGCAUUUCAGAACAAUAAUAAUUCAAAAAUAUUUUCACAGAAUAAUCAGAUAGACAAAAUUUCUUCCGGAUUCCCUGGAACAGUUCCAUCCAGUAUUUAUAACGACCUAAACAGUAGUGACAGCAGUGGAAAUAGCAACUACAGAUAUGCAGUUAGCCAGGUGAGCAACCACAAUGAAGGACCAAUGAAAAGACAUGACCACUUCGUCCAGGAUAACUUCGAAAAUGGUCUCUCUGUACGUGUAAAAAAUAACUGCAAAGAUAUAAGACCCAUUUACGGAAUGAAUAACGUAAACACCAACAAUCAAUAUUCCAAGGAUUUGGCUCAUGUGUACUCAGCUUGUGAUGAUCAUUUAAAGAGGAUCCAAACAAAGAAUGAAAAUGGAAAAGGUGGAAGAAAAAUACAACAUGACUAUGCUCUCCAGAGGGAGAUGUACAACCAUGGAAACAACAACGCUCUCCAUGAUAGUACCCUCCUUUAUGACAGAGAAAAAAACUCCAUCAAAACAAACAUGGCAAUCUUACCUGGUGCACUUUCGAAGGAGGCCUUGGAAUUGCUCCACGCGUACGGCAAAGGCGACCCACGUCUGAAUGACAGAUUUAAGGUGGGACUGUACAACGGGCUUCCUCAGUACGAAGGACACGGAGAUGCCACAGAUGGAGCAAACCACAACAACUGUGGCCACCGUGGUUCUACCCCUUUCAGUAGUGGCAUCCCCGCAAUUAUAAACAACAACAGUAACGAUGCACACACCCGAAACGGAGACCUCCUAUCCAUGGCAAAAUUUUCAAACGUAAAGGGAUUAAUGCAAUACGUGAAAAAUGAAUACAAUGAUGAAUCUCAUAACGGAAACCAUGCAUCAGCAAAUACGACCAAGAGGAAAAAAGGAAUAAAAAAAAAUACAACCAAUAAUAAUAAAAGUGUGGAAAAAAGAAAUAUAAAAAAAUAUGGAACCGUUAAUAAAACCAAUACCAAAAUUAUAAAAAAUGAAAGCGAUUUUGAAUACCUGUUGGAGUUAUCUGAUAAAGAAGGACCUAACCUAGAAAAUCCCGAUGAUCUAAAAUGUGAUGUCGCAGGUGUUUAUUGGGACAAGAGAAGUUGGAUUGCUUCCUGGUAUGACAAUGGCAAGCGUUAUUAUAAAUCCUUCUCUGCAAAAACACAUGGAUUUUAUAAGUCUAAAUUCUGGGCAAUCAAAGUUAGACUCUCCAAAGUUAAAGGCCAAACCAUAUUCGGGAAGAAUUGCCGCAAGAAUAAGGACACCGAUGCCAGUAACCCUCUUCAUAAUAACCUCCCCUUUAAUAGCUCAAUUGUAAGUGAGAACAAUAACGUACUUCUUGGGAAUAUUUAG